AUGGGCAGAUGCACUUUAGAAGAUAUUAUGAAGGAGUUCCAGAUGAAUGGCUCAGACUCCCCCUAUACGCCUGACGAGGAUAGAAUCUGGGGGAAUCCGGCAACAAGUGUGUGCGGGGUCGGCGGAGGUGGUUCAGGCGCGUACUUGAGGCAGAAGUCGUGGCCGGCGCCCGACAGCAGCCCCGCGCCGCGCCUCCCGCGCCGUGACGUCAGCGGCCCGCUCGACUUCACCCCCACUGAAUUUACUUCUACCUCCACGCCUGUCGAAGAGUCGUCCACUCCUCCCCCCCCGCUGUCGGACGAGCAGCUGCGCGUGCUGAGCACUCUGCCCAACUCUGCGCUGUUCGCGCUGCUGCAGGAGUUGGAGCAGAGCCGGGACCCCCACAAGCGGGUCAAGAGGCUCUCUAGUGAAUGUCGUUUUUGCAAGAACAAUGGAGAACGCGAGUGCUACUACCGCUCGCACUCGCUGAAGGACGGCGCCGGGCGCGUGACGUGCCCCGUGCUCAGGGCCUUCGUCUGCGCGCGCUGCGGGGCCAGCGGGGACACCGCGCACACCAUCAAGUACUGCCCGCUCAGCACCUCCGACGGUGAGUACCUGCACCCCCACACCGCCGGUACUGCCCGCUCAGCACCUCCGACGGUGAGUACCUGCACCCCCACACCGCCGGUACUGCCCGCUCAGCACCUCCGACGCACCUCCGACGGUGAGUACCUGCACCCCCACACCGCCGGUACUGCCCGCUCGGCACCUCCGAUUAUCGUUAUAGCGCUUAAAAUAGAAUGUGGCAAAUUUCUAGUUCCUGUUAUUGCUCACAAUAUACAAUACUCAAGAGCUGUAGAACGAAUAAAAUCCGCAGCCAUGCUUCGUAGCGUGCGCCUCGCGUCGGGGCGGAGACGAGCGGCUGGGUCCGUCGCCCCCCCCGCCCCCUCUUCUACUGCACACUACCUCGUAUUCGGUGAGCCCACACCAAAUGACGUGAUCGAGAACAACUCUUACAAUUCAUAUGCCCUCAGCUCUCCCCUGGACCCGCUGUGGGCCGCCCUUGAACAGAAGUUGCUGUCGUAA